AGUCCAGUAAAUGCAGAGACGGGCUCAGCUCACGACGAAACGAGUUCCAGUGGUAACAAAGAAGACGAAGACGACGACGAUGAUGAAAGCGAUGACAAAAUUGAUGCGCAAACUCACGACCCCGAAAGACUGAAAGCAUUCAACAUGUUCGUAAGACUGUUUGUUGACGAAAACUUAGACAGGAUGGUUCCUAUUAGCAAACAACCUAAAGAAAAAAUCCAGGCUAUAAUCGAUUCCUGCACCAGACAAUUCCCGGAGUUUGCCGAAAGAGCGCGAAAAAGAAUACGGACGUAUCUUAAGUCUUGUAGAAGGAAUAAAAGAGCGAGGGAUCCGAAUUCUCCUUGGGAUGCGACUCGACCUACUCCUGCGCAUUUGACCUCGGUGCAAGCUGAACAAAUUCUUGCGACGGCGUGUGAAAACGAAAGCCAUAACGCCAAAAGAAUGAGGCUAGGAUUGGAACCAGUUAGUCAACCAAUGCCCAUAUUACCUGGAGUACAG